AUGGAUGAUCGCGAACGGCAAAGGAGCAUGUCGCUCAUACCCUACCUACCAGCAGAAUCGCGAGAGAUUGUUUUGCGCCAUGGUUCCGCAGUCGUUGUCUACGAUCAGCGGUCUAAGCAACUCUCUCUCCGCGACGCCUCCCAGUCUGCCGACGUAGACGCAACAUCCUCCUGCCCAUACUGCCACCGAGCCUACCGCGAACCGUCACCACACGACACCGACGACGAUGACCAUCCACAUUCGCCUGGCGAGCCUGGCUUGGACCAUGGGUUUGUCAAUCCGGGGUACUUCCAGAUGCUGCGCGGUAGUCAGCCCAGCUCCACAGCAGGCUCACGUCCACCGUCACCACACAAACAAUUAGGCCCUGCGAUAACCCGGGAUGCGGCUGCUGCAUUUCAGGCACCGGAAGGGGCCGAGUUUGUAGGCAGCACGCCUCUACCUCCCAGGAACCAGGGCAUAUCUGCGAGGGCGUUCAGCCCCAACUAUUUCAAGACGUUCUUCAUCGAAGAAAGGGAGCUGGGAAGAGGAGGCAAAGGAGUGGUGCUCCUUGUGCAGCACGUUCUAGACGGAGUGCAGCUUGGCAAGUUCGCCUGUAAGCGUGUGCCAGUCGGCGAUGACCACGAAUGGCUUGAGAAGGUUUUGAUCGAAGUGCAACUGCUACAGAACCUCUCGCACCAAAACCUCGUCUCGUACCGCCAUGUCUGGCUUGAGGACUAUCAAAUCAAUACCUUUGGCCCAAGCGUACCGUGCGCCUUCAUUCUACAGCAAUACUGCGACGGAGGAGAUCUGCACGACUACAUUCUUAACUCUGCGAAAACGACAAUCACAAAAGACCAGAUGAAGGAGCGGCUCAGACGAAGAUCAAAAGGGCAGAUGGAAGAGCCAGACGACAUGUUUGGACCACGGCGCAUGCAUUUCGAGGAGAUCAUCUCGUUCUUCAAAGACAUCACGUCAGGCCUAAAUCAUCUGCACGCGAACGGCUACAUUCACAGAGACCUGAAGCCCAGCAACUGUCUUUUGCAUCGCGAUAAAUAUGGAAUGAAGGUCUUAGUGAGCGACUUCGGCGAAGUACAGUCAGCAAACGUCGCCCGAAACUCCUCUGGCGCUACAGGCACUAUUUCGUACUGUGCUCCAGAAGUCCUUAGGCAGGAACGUCCAGGAGGACCGUAUGGUAACUUCACCACCAAGUCGGACAUAUUCUCCCUCGGCAUGAUUGUCUACUUCAUGUGCUUUGCUCGCCUACCGUACAGGAAUGCGGAUGGCAUCGAUGAAGACAACGAGGAUCUGGACCAGUUGCGCGCCGAGAUAUCCACAUGGGCCGGCAUCGAUGACGAACAGCGCGUUCGAUCUGAUCUGCCCGAGAAGCUAUAUAAAUCGCUCAAACGGUUGCUUGCACUAAACCCUGAUGAGCGCCCAGCAACCGAGGAGAUUUUGCAUGUUCUGAAGGCACCGUCCGUCUUCGAUGAGUUCAACGCGUAUGCUGGUGCGUCAGGCAUUGAUGAUUUCAGUCCUCGCAUAUCGCGUGCAGACACACCUAGCCCCGGACCUGCUCAGAUGACCAGAAAGCGAAGCUCGGUACACCACUACACGCGGCUGGGUCGCUCCAAGUUAGGUGCAUCGGUUACGGAGCAUUCCCCAAGCCCUCCGCCGGCCCACCCCACACGAAGGACAAGCUCAGAAGAGGCAGCGGUAAUUCUGAGGUCGAAGAAGCUGGACUUUCCAAGGCCUGAAGAGGCUGUUAGGACACCCUCUCCGCAACGGCUUAUGCUGCCGCCUCCUCCUCAUGAUGGGCAGAGUUGGGUUGGGCAGUAUCGCGACCGUAUGGUGAGCAUCUUUGAGAACCCAGCCACAGCCGGCGUGGUCAGGGUCGUCCUGUUCUUUGCCAAGGCCGUCAGCUUGUUCGGCUCUUGCCAACCAUUCGCAGCGGAGCCGUGGGCAGCAUAUUCACUGCUGGGCUUAGCAUCCGUCGAUUUCCUGUAUCCACAUGUCGUCAUGGUACCUCAUAUUCGGCGUUGGUAUCCUGGUGGUUUGGUGGGAAGCAUGGCAUUGUUGUUGAUACACUCCACGAUUGUAGCGAUACUCUGGCGGAACGACAAGCUGUGUGCUAGAAGGCGCAUUGCUUGGGAAGGGUUUUGA